ACUGAGGAGACAGUGCAGGCAGCGGAGAGAGAGGAAAAGACAUAUUCAAGUUGGCGAAUGCGGACGAUCCGCACUGUAUGUUCUGGAAAUGCUAGAAGCCGGACGCUUCUGACAGCUCCUUUCGGCCUUUAAUCCGAAUCCCAGAGGACCGAUGUGGCUUUGGACUUUACCUGAACAUGGAAACACGUGGCUAACCUAAAGAUCUGAUGAAGGUCGCUGUGUGCACAUCUCGAGCGUCUCCAUGACGACCUUCGCCAUGCUGAGGCCUCUGGCAUCUCAGCUCGUGUACCCGGACCUCAGCGCCAUGUCCGAGGACGAGGAGGAGAACCGCAGCGAGAGCGACGGCAGCUCGGACCAGAGCUACGGCUGCUGCGCGAGCGCCGACAAGCGCCGCAGGACGUCCCGCAAGUCGGCGGCGGGCGGCGCGGGCGGCGCGAGCGGCGCGGGCCCCAGCGUCGUCAUGGUGAAGCAGCGCAACGCGGCCAACGCCCGCGAGCGCGACCGCACGCAGAGCGUGAACACGGCCUUCACGGCGCUGCGGACUCUCAUCCCCACCGAGCCCGUGGACAGGAAGCUGUCCAAGAUCGAGACCCUGCGCCUGGCCUCCAGCUACAUCUCGCACCUGGCCAACGUGCUGCUGCUGGGCGACGGGGGCGAGCAGGGGCAGCCGUGCGUGAGCUCCGUGUACAGCGCGCAGGGGGACGCGCACAGGGAGGGCAAGCAGCCCAGGACCAUCUGCACCUUCUGCCUGAGCAACCAGAGGAAAGGGGUGAAGGAUGGCAGGGACUGUCUCAGGAUGCGUAGUGUCAGUUCACUACGAAUGAGUCGCAGAUAGAAUGCCGGCAAACUCCUCCAGAGGUGGAGUCCAAACCCAUAACUCAGGGAGCACCGGAACGUCCUUGCGCAACCAUUGACGGACAGGCAAGGGAAUUGGGGGGCCGGAGCCGGACCACGGAGGUGGUCGUGGAACAGCAGAGUGGACCUUUUUCACUUGGUGGAAAUCAUCGUGACAAGAACUGCUUCAGCCAAAUAAAGUGACAGUUGCUGAUUUCAGGAGUGUUCAAACUUUAAUGCAGAGCAUGAAGUUAAUGUCACUAUUAGAGACUUUAUUGAUUUGUUAUUUGUG